UAUUUUUUCGGUAUACCGAUACCGAUACCGUACCGGUCAAUUUUUGUAAAAAACGGUAUUUUUCGGUAUCGGUAUUUUUUCGGUAUACCGAUACCGAAUACCGGAAAAGGUCAUUUGCCGAACACUAAUUUUUAUUAUGCUGUCGAGAAGGGGAUUAAUUUGUUUAAAUGGAGCUCUUCGUCGUUACAUAUGUUCUCUUCCAACAUCAGAACCUAAAGCCCCGCUUAUGCGAACCGAAGUGCCUGGACCUGAAAGUAAAAAACUUAUAAACGAAAUGGAGACAAUACAUCAAGCAACUUCAGUCAAAUUUUUUGCGGAUUAUGAAAAAUCUUUUGGAAAUUAUUUGGUGGAUGCAGAUGGAAAUAAUUUGUUGGAUGUUUAUACCCAAAUAUCUUCUCUCCCGCUUGGAUACAAUCAUCCAGAAUUGAUUGAAACUGCAAGAGAGAAUCGAUUUUUGACAUGUUCAGUAAGUAGACCAGCAUUGGGAGGAUACCCAAGAACUGACUUUGUUCAAAUUUUGAAAAAUUCUUUGGGUCAAGUUGCCCCUAAAGGAUUAGGGCAUGUCCAAGCAAUGCUUUGUGGAACCUCUGCAAAUGAAAAUGCAAUAAAAACAGCUUUUAUUCAUUACCAAACACGUAAAAGAGGAGGAAAACUUCCAUCAAAAGAAGAUAUGGAAAGUUGUAUGAAUAAUGAAAUACCUGGAAGUCCAAAUUUGUGUGUGCUUGGUUUUAGAGGCUCUUUUCAUGGUCGUUCACUUGGAAUGUUAAGCAUAACUCGUUCCAAAGCCAUUCACAAAGUUGAUAUCCCGGCGUUAAAAUGGCCAGUAGCUAACUUUCCUCGUUAUUUAUACCCUUUGGAUGAAAAUAAAAAAUAUAAUGAGGAACAGGAUAAAAAAUGUUUGGAAGAAGUUGCUAAAUUAAUUGAUGAAGGUAAACAAAAAGGAAAUGAAGUUGCGGCUUUGAUUGUUGAACCAAUACAAUGCGAGGGAGGUGAUCACCAUGCAUCGCCAGCAUUCUUUCGCGGUCUUCAAAAAGUGUGUGAAAAUAAGGGUGUUUAUUUUAUUGUGGAUGAAGUACAAACAGGUGGAGGUAUUUGUGGGACAUUUUGGGUACAUGAACAGUGGGGAUUGCCAAAACCUCCCGAUUUUGUUACAUUCUCAAAAAAGUUAUUGACUGGUGGUUAUUACUAUAAAGACUCUUUGAGAGUUAAUGAGCCAUAUCGAAUUUACAAUACAUGGAUGGGUGAACCAACAAAAUUGGUACUUUUAGAAAAAAUUGUUCAAGUAAUUAAAAGAGAUCAACUUGUCAGCAAAGCAAAAAAUGUUGGAAAUGAUUUAUUGGCUGAAUUAAAAAAUUUGGAAAAAUGUUAUCCUCAUUUGCUUAAAAAUUCUCGCGGACUUGGAACUCUUUGUUCAUUUGAUAUGCCUAACCCGACAAUUCGAGACAAAUUUCUCAACACGGCAAUUAAUCUAGGAUUGCAUAUUGGGGGUUGUGGUGAUGCUACAAUAAGAUUCCGUCCCGCUUUAAUUUUCGAAGGGAAACAUUUGGAUACGACUAUAAAUCUUUUGGAAUCGGCAUUUGAAAAAAUGAAAACUUUCGACAUUGACUUUACAGAUGAUUUUUAA